GUCACAGUCAGCCAGCGCAGGGCGACUUCACAGAGCAGUAAAGGUCCUUCCACUUGGGGACCUCGCAGGGCAGCCUGCAGUCCCGGAGAUACACAUGUUCAGGAUCAGGAUGUACAACCUGGCGGACUGUGUUUUGUGUGCAGUGAAUGUGGAAGAACCUUCAGGUACAAAUCUUUACUUGCUAUCCACCAGAGAUUCCAUACUGCGGAAAGACCUCAUGAGUUCGGCAAAGGUGGGAAAUCCAUUAGGCAAAGGUCUAUCCUUAGUCAAAAUGGAAGGACUCACACUGGGUCCAGGCAGAACACGUGCAGCAAAUGUGGGAAAUCCUUCAGCCACAAAUCUAUGCUCAUUCAUCCUGGGACAGGGCACAGCAGAGGAAAUGAUUCUGUUUGCAGUGUAUGUGCAAAAUCUGUUAGCCAUAGUUCAGUUUUAAUUACUCAGAGGGUUCAACCUAGAAAAAGGCCUUAUAAGUGUGACAACUGUGCAAAAUGUUUUACUUCUAUCUCUGUUCUGAAAUAUCAUCAGAGAUCUCAUGCAGGGGAAAGACCUUAUCAGUGCAAGGAGUGUGGGAAGUCUUAUAUCUCCAGUACUGGCCUCCGUUAUCAUUGCAGAGUUCACACUGGAGACAGGCCUUAUAAGUGCCAUGAAUGUGACAAAUCUUUUUUCUCUAGAUCUGAUCUCCAGUAUCAUCACAGAGUUCACACUGCAGAGAAACCUUAUCAGUGCAAUGAAUGUGGCAAGUCCUUUUUCCAAAGAAACAUCCUCAAUGCACACAUAAAGAUUCACUCAAGUGAAAGGCCUUAUAAGUGUAAUGAAUGUGGGAAAUCUUUUAAGUGUAAGGCAACAUUCAUUAAACACCAGAGAGUUCACACAGGAGAAAGGCCUUAUGAAUGCAGUGAAUGUGGAAAAUCUUUUAGUACAAGUUCUGUCCUUCGUUCUCACCAGAGAAUUCACACUGGGGAAAGACCUUAUGAAUGUAGGGAAUGUGGGAAAUCUUUCACCACUAGUUUUGUCCUCCAUAAUCACCAGAGAGUUCACACUGGAGAGAGGCCUUAUGAGUGCAGUGAAUGUGGCAAAUCUUUUACUGCUAGUUCUGCACUCCAUUAUCACCAGAGAGUUCACAGUGGAGUGAAGCCUUACGAAUGCAGUGAAUGUGGCAAAUCUUUUACAACUAGUUCUGCCCUCCAGUGUCAUCAGAGAGUUCACACUGGAGAAAGGCCUUAUGAGUGCAGUGAAUGUGGGAAAUCUUUUACCACUAGUUCUGUCCUCCAUGAACACCGGAGAGUUCACACUGGAGAAAGGCCUUAUGAAUGCAAUAAAUGUGGGAAAUCUUUUACUGCGACUUCUGCCCUUCGUUAUCACCAGAGAGUUCACACUACAGAGAGGCCUUAUGAGUGCAGUGAAUGUGGCAAAUCUUUUUUCUCGUUGUCUGACCUCCAGUGUCACCAGAGGGUUCACACUGGAGAAAGGCCUUAUAAAUGUGGUGAAUGUGGUAAGUCCUUUCUCCGAAGAAAUAGCCUCAAUGUACAUAUAAAAGUUCACUCAGGUGAAAGGCCUUAUAAAUGUAAUGAAUGUGGGAAAUCUUUGAACUAUAAGUCGACAUUCAUUCAACACCUGAGAAUUCACACAGGAGAAAAGCCUUAUGUCUGCAAUGAAUGUGGGAUGUCUUUUAGUCAUAGUCGUGCCCUCCGCAUUCAUCGUCACUGUCACCUUGAAAGAAGUCCUUAUGAGUGUACUCAGUGUGGGAAAUCUUUUACUUCUAAUUCUUCCUUCCUUUCACACCAGAGAAUUCACACUGGAGAAAAGCCUUAUGAGUGUAGUGAAUGUGGGAAGUCUUUUACUGCUCGUUCUCUCCUCCGUUCUCACCAGAUUGUUCAUACUGAAGAAAAACCUUAUGAGUGCAGUGAAUGUGGCAAGUCCUUCCCCCGAAGAACUACCCUCAAUGCACACAUAAAGGUUCACUCAGCUGAACGGCCUUAUAAGUGUAAUGAAUGUGGGAAAUUCUUGAAGUAUAGAUCGACAUUCAUAAAACACCAGAGAAUUCACACAGGAGAAAGGCCUUAUGAGUGCAGCGACUGUGGGAAGUCUUUUAUCAGUCAUCCUGCUCUUAUUUAUCAUCGCAAGAGUGCACACAAGAGAAAUGCCUUAUGAAAGAUGUGAAAGUGGGAAAUCUUUCAACUAA